AUGUGUACGCAAGACACAUUCGUCUACAACUGCGGCCACUCUGUCGAAGGGCCAGAUAUUGAUCGUUGCAGGAAAGCCACCCAGAAUAAUCUACCUCGAUGUAGCGAUUUGAUUGAGCAAGAGCUCCAAUUUCCCGAUCCAUGCCCAGACUGCGACGCAGAUCGGCGGUUCAAUGCGGAAGUCGAAACUGCGUUGCAGCAGUCUACGCGCGAGUACGGACGUGAGCGGCGCUCGACAGGGGUUCUCCGUGGUAAGGACGAAGAGGAAGAUCUCUGCAAGCGGAUCGGGGACAUGACAUUUGAGGAGAUGAGAAAACGGCGAGAGCUGGAGGAGGCCGAGCUGAUGGAGAAAGUUCUUUACCGGAGCAGGGUCGAGUUUGAGCAAGCCCGGGACACGUCCGGUGCUCGGUGGCGACGGUGCACGUUUCCUGUCAGAGAUGAUAGUUCGCCCGCCAGAGAGGCUCCGUCGAGCGCGGGACGGACGGUCCUGCCACCAUCUAGAACACAAGGCCAAGUGGGUGGUGACUCCUGGUCGACUUCUUCGAGGAGAUGGCCACAUCAGACCUCCCAAGGCGCCCCGAGAGCGGAAGAAGAGCUAGAGACAUCCGCUCGUAUCCCAGCCUUGGGUCCUAGGAUAAUAGCUGCCGCAUCGUUCACAGCACCGAGCAAAGGUUCUGAAGAGGAUGAAUAUGGAGAAGGCGAACCGGUGGACAAGAAAGAUGAAGACGAAGAAGAUGAUGGUGAUAAAGGGAGAGAGGAGAGGAAGAAAGGCGAAGACGGUGCCAGACCUGCUAAUAUAGAAGCUUUGCGAGCUAGACGCUUGGCCGCGUUCAAUACAAUAUAG